UUUCUCUUCUAGACUUUUUUUUUUUUAAAUACUGUAAUUCUUUCGCUCCCCUCCUUAUUUCUUCUUUUCCGCCUUUCCCUCCCACUUGUCCAGCCUCUCCUAUGGCCUGGCUCGGGCGCUGGAGGGCGGCAGUCACGGGAAGGACCAGAGGGUUAUGGCCGGUUCUGGGUCGUGCCGGUACCUUUACGAGUUACCAGCUUUGGUCAUCUGUGAAUUCUGUGAAAUCAUGGACGCGCUGGGCCGGGCGGAGUGGGAGCGUUUCGCUUCUAGGAUUGUCCGAGAUCAGGUGGAGCUGCGUCUUUAUGAGAAAAAGGAGGCACGGACACGUGAGCUUAUGUGGUCCUGGAUGAAUCGCAAUGCUCGCGUUGGUGAUUUGCUUCAGCUCCUGGAGGAGUUGCAACUUUACCGGGCACAUGAUCUCAUCGCUUCUUGGCAUCCACCAUCACAUUCACUGAAGCCCAGAGCAGUGCCUUGCCCACAUCCAUCUGUUUCUCCUGAACCUCCGCCUGCCCCACUGGCACCAGAUCCUGGUGGCAGGGAUGAUGGUAGCAGAAGUAGGGUCAGUACAACCACGUGGGAGCCCCACAAAGGACCGUCUCCACCUGUGUCAGAACCCUCAUGUCCUCCACCAUCUUUGCCAGACUCCUCUCCCAGCCGCCACCUCAGCAGUGUCAGUCAGAGCAAUCUACCAUCAUCUCCUAAUGAACAGUAUUGCUGCUCACCUAAGAUUUCUCCUUCCUUCUUCUCCACCACCUCUCUUUUUCUGCUGCUCUGUAACUUUGGACUUCUCCUUAAAUUCCAGGCUAUUAGCUCUCUCUCGCUUACGUGUCCCUUUGAGUGGCGAUUAGAGGAACUGCGCCAGGCCACGGACGACUUCUCAGAGCACCUAAAGAUUGGUGAAGGAGGCUUUGGCUGUGUCUACCAAGCUCGGCUGCGCAACACUGUCUAUGCUGUCAAACUGCUGAAGGAGGAAGCAGACUUGGAUUGGAUGGUAGUAAAGAACAGCUUUGUCACAGAGGUGGAAAAACUUUCCCGGUUUCGCCAUCCCAAUAUUGUAGAGUUUGCUGGUUAUUGUGCUGAACAAGGCCAUUAUUGCCUUGUCUACGUCUUCCUUCCCAAAGGCUCCUUGGAGGAUCAUUUACAUGGACAGGCCGGUCUUGGCCUUAGUUGGGGCCAACGACUCCAUGUGGCCGUGGGCGUGGCCAGGGCCAUACAGUUCCUGCACAGUGACUCUCCCAGUCUCAUCCAUGGAGAUGUGAAGAGUUCCAACAUCCUCUUGGAUGGGGCACUCAACCCUCGACUAGCUGAUUUUGGCUUGGCACGGUUUAGCCGCCGACCAAAACAGGGAACUAUGAGCAGCUCACUGGGCCGGACCCAAACAGUGCAAGGCACGCUGGCCUACCUACCCCCUGAAUAUAUCCGGACGGGGAUGCUUUCUACCGCUAUCGAUGUUUUUAGUUUUGGCGUGGUCCUGUUAGAGCUCUUGACAGGUAGACGGUCCAUGGAGGUGGAUUCACGUGGACGUAGCAAGUAUUUGAAGGAUCUGCUAAAUGAAGAGGAAGAGCAAGGAGCCCAACCAUCAUCUGCCACAGAAACUUCCAGCUGCUCCCAAGUAGCUCAACUUGGCUCUCACCUCUACAAAAAGUAUAUGGACCCGCAGGCCGGGCCUUGUCCAGAGCAGCUAGCUGCAACCAUAGGAAAAUUGGCUUGCCAGUGCCUCCACCGACGGGCCAAGCAUCGUCCCCAAAUGGCUGAGGUGUACCAAGAGCUGGAAAGGCAACAGUUAUUACUUUAUGGGGAAUCUUCUGCAUCUGUGUUACCUUCAAGACAAUCACAUGUUCCACAAGAAGAUUCAUACCCUUCCCGACCUUUGAACCAACCUGAGGAAAGUGAUGAAAGUGUAGAAGCCAACAUUGGGUUGGUGAGCUACAGAAGCGUCCCCAGAGGGAGUGUCUCUCUAGGCCAACAAGAUGACUCUGCCCCUCAGAUCAUCAUCAACCCAGCACGGAGGCGCUUGAUGAAACAGCUGGACCUCUACCACUAUGGAGUGCUGAAUAGCCUAGAUUUAUUUGCCUCUGUGCCUCCGGGGGAAGGGGAUGUUACGGAACCUCCUCGUGAACCUGAAGAAAGUGAUGAAUUUCAAUGAUGAAUUUGAUGGAUAUGAAAGGAUUAAAGUUCUCAUUGCGCUAAUGGCACUUUGCAGAUUAUAGGGACUCUGCUGGUUGGCUGGCAUGCGUAAAUGCGGUCUACCAGCCAUCUUGUGAUAGACUUGUUUUUCAUGGAAUCUGGCACCAGGGCAGCUGCAUGAUUCAAAACAGGAACUGGAGUCUAUUUCAGUGGGGACCAGAAUCUGUACAUGAGAAUUCAGGGGGACAGUACUUAUUAUGUGGAUUUUACUAGUGUGAUCUCCCCCAAGUAGAUUCCUCACUACACACAAUUUUUUCUUGAACUGGUUGUUGUUGCCAUUGUGUGUCAUCAAGUCAUCUCCAACUUAUGGUGACCUUAUGAAUGAGAGAUCUUCAAAAUGUCCAGUCUUCAACA